AUGGCGCAACUCGACACCCUCGAUUUGAUCGUCUUAGUGGCUCUUUUGAUCGGUAGCAUCGCCUACUUCACCAAGGGCUCCUACUGGGCCAUCCCUAAAGACCCCUACGCCUCCUCCCCCAUCCAGAAUGGCGCCGCAAAUGGCGGUAAGACCCGCAAUAUCGUUGAGAAGAUGGAGGAAACUCGCAAGAACUGUGUGAUUUUCUAUGGCUCGCAAACUGGUACCGCUGAGGACUACGCCUCGCGUCUGGCUAAAGAGGGUUCUCAGCGUUUCGGGUUGAAGACCAUGGUUGCCGACAUUGAGGAUUAUGAUUACGAGACUCUAGACACCUUCCCCGAGGACAAGGUUGCUUUCUUCGUUAUGGCUACCUACGGCGAGGGCGAGCCCACUGACAAUGCCGUCGAGUUCUACCAAUUUCUCACCGGUGAUGAUGUAGCCUUCGAAAGCGGAGCCACCGCCGACGACAAGCCUCUGUCUUCCUUGAAGUAUGUCGCCUUCGGUCUUGGAAACAACACUUAUGAACACUACAACUCCAUGGUCCGCAACGUCGACGCCGCCUUCACUAAGCUCGGUGCUACUCGUAUUGGUUCCGCUGGUGAGGGUGAUGACGGUGCCGGUACUAUGGAGGAGGACUUCCUCGCCUGGAAGGAACCUAUGUGGACUGCUUUGACCGAAUCUAUGGGUCUCGAGGAACGUGACGCCGUCUACGAAGCUGUCUUCUCUGUCACUGAAGAUGAGUCUACCUCGCCCGAGGAAGAGACUGUUUACCUUGGAGAGCCCACUGCUGCCCACCGCGAGGGUCGCGAGAAGGGUCCCUUCUCCCCCCACAACCCGUAUAUUGCUCCUAUUGUCGAAUCCUACGAAUUGUUCAACGUCAAGGACCGUAACUGCUUGCACAUGGAAAUCAGUAUCGCCGGUAGCAACUUGAGCUACCAGACCGGUGACCAUAUUGCUAUCUGGCCCACCAAUGCCGGUGAGGAAGUCGAUCGCUUCCUCAAGGUUUUUGGUCUCGAGGACAAGCGUGAUACUGUUAUCAACAUCAAGGGCAUCGACGUGACCUCCAAGGUCCCCAUCCCCGCCCCAACCACCUAUGAUGCCGCUGUUCGUUACUAUAUGGAAUCUCUCGCUCCCGUUUCCCGUCAAUUCGUCUCAACUCUUGCCGCCUUUGCCCCCGAUGAGAAUAGUAAGGCCGAAAUCGUUCGUCUGGGAGGUGACAAGGACUACUUCCACGAGAAGAUCACCGCACAGUGCUAUAACAUCGCCCAGGCUCUCCAGAGCAUCACCGACAAGCCUUUCUCCGCCGUCCCAUUCUCGCUGCUCAUUGAAGGUCUCAACAAGCUCCAGCCCCGUUACUACUCCAUCUCCUCUUCGUCUCAGGUUCAGAAGGACAAGAUCAGCAUCACCGCUGUGGUCGAAUCCGUCCGUCUUCCCGGUGCUGCCCACGUAGUCAAGGGUGUUACUACCAAUUACCUCCUGGCACUCAAGCAGAAGCAGAACGGCGACGCUUCCAUCGACUCUUAUGCUUCUAGCUAUGCCAUCUCUGGUCCUCGUGACAAGUACAACGGUAUCCGCGUCCCCAUCCACGUCCGUCACUCCAACUUCAAGCUCCCCUCCGACCCUUCCAAGCCCAUUAUCAUGGUUGGUCCCGGUACCGGUGUUGCUCCUUUCCGUGGUUUCAUUCAGGAGCGCGCUGCUCUCGCCGCCAAGGGUGAGAAGGUUGGCACCACUGUUUUGUUCUUCGGAUGCCGCAAGUCUGACGAAGACUUCAUCUAUCAAGACGAGUUCAAGAAAUACCAGGAACAGAUGGGCGACUCUCUCAAGAUCAUCACCGCUUUCUCUCGUGAAGGCAACGAGAAGGUCUACGUCCAACACCGCCUGAAGCAAAAUGCCGAACUAGUCAGCGAGCUGCUAAAGCAAAAGGCCAACUUCUACGUCUGUGGUGACGCCGCAAACAUGGCCCGUGAGGUCAAUAUAGAGCUCGGCCACAUAAUCGCCCAGCAGCGGGGCUUGCCCGCUGAGAAAGGUGAGGAAAUGGUCAAGCACCUCCGGAGUAGCGGAAGCUACCAGGAGGAUGUCUGGUCAUAA